CUCCACCGGGCUUUAAAUCCUCCCACUCCCUCCCGCCCCCUUCCAAGAUCAGAUCACACUCGCUUACGCUUAGCCGCCGCCGAGCUCAGCUCACUCUCACAGUCUCACUAACUCGCACACAGUGAGUGCCAGCCAGCCAGCCAGCAGCAUGGGCUCGCCGGCGGCGCGCCAGCUGAGGCAGCUGAAGCCGCUGUACCAGCACGCGGUGAACCACUUCGUGGCCGUGCUCGCGGCGCCGCUGGCCGUGGCGGCCGCCGUCGGCGCGGCGCGCGCCGGGCCCGGGGAGCUGCUCGUCCGGCUGCAGGCGCUCCGGGCGGCGCACGUGCUCCUCGCCGCGUGCGUCCCCGCCGCGGCGGCGGCGCUGUAUCUCCUGCUGCGGCCGCGGGCGGUGUACCUGGUCGACUACGCCUGCUUCCGCACGCGGCCCAACUGCCGCGUCCCCUUCGCCACCUUCCUGGAGCACGCCAAGCUGGUGACCUUCGUGGAGGGCGCCUCCAUCGACGAGCGCAGCGUCCGGUUCAUGACCCGGCUGCUGGAGCGCUCGGGGCUCGGGGAGGAGACCUGCCUGCCCCCGGCCCACCACUACAUCCCGCCGUACCGGAACAUGGAGGCGUCGCGCGCGGAGGUGGAGCUGGUCAUCUUCUCCGCCAUCGACGACCUGCUCGCCAAGACGGGGCUCAGCCCUGGCGCCAUCGACAUCCUCGUCGUCAACUGCAGCCUCUUCGCGCCCGUGCCGUCCUUCACCGACAUGAUCAUCCGCCGGUACGGGAUGCGGGAGGACAUCCGGAACGUGCACCUGUCCGGGAUGGGGUGCAGCGCGGGGCUCAUCUCCGUGGGGCUGGCGCGCAACCUCCUGCAGGUGGCGCCCCGGGGCGCGCACGCGCUCGUCGUGUCCACGGAGACCAUCACGCCCAACUACUACGUGGGCAAGGAGCGCGCCAUGCUCCUGCCCAACUGCCUCUUCCGCAUGGGCGGCGCCGCCGCGCUGCUGUCGACGUCGCGCGCCCGGGCGCGGUUCCGCCUCGCCCGCGUGGUGCGCACGCUGACGGGCGCCGGCGACAGCGCGUACCGGUGCGUGUUCCAGGAGGAGGACGGCGAGGGCCACCGCGGGAUCAACCUGUCCAAGGACCUGAUGGCCAUCGCCGGGGACGCGCUCAAGGCCAACAUCACCGCCAUCGGCCCGCUGGUGCUGCCGGCGUCGGAGCAGCUGCUGUUCGCGCUCUCCUUCAUCGCGCGCCGCGUGCUCAGCGACCGCCGCGUCAAGCCGUACCUGCCCGACUUCCGCACGGCGUUCGAGCACUUCUGCAUCCACGCGGGCGGCCGCGCCGUCAUCGACGAGCUGCAGCGCAGCCUGGGGCUGUCGGACCAGGACGUCGAGGCGUCGCGGAUGGCGCUGCACCGGUUCGGCAACACGUCCAGCAGCUCGGUCUGGUACGAGCUCGCCUACAUCGAGGCCAAGGGCCGGAUGAGGAAGGGCGACCGCGUGUGGAUGAUCGGCUUCGGGUCCGGGUUCAAGUGCAACAGCGCGGCGUGGGAGUGCAUCGCGCCGGCGCGCACCGCCGAGGGGCCCUGGGAGGACAGCAUCUGCCGCUACCCCGUCGACAUCCCGGAGGUGCUCAAGCACUAGCAUGUUGUUGGUGCCGGCGACGAGGAAAGAGGCCGGCCGGGUCUCCGACGUCACAGCGUGUUGGUGGUGCCGGCGGGCGGCCACGGCCAGGCCGGCCGGGCGCGUUGAAUGCCGAGCCUGUCGCGUCCAUGUGUGCGCUCCUCGCCGGCGGGGGCAGGUGGUUGCGCGCGGGUACGCCGGGGUUAAACCCCCGGCCGUUUACACACGUAGCACGGCACUCGUGGUCCUCUAGAUCAUAUCGAUCCUGUACCCUUCCUUCCUUUCAACUUCUUUUCGCUUUCGCUUUCUCUUCUUUUUUUUACCCCAUUUGUUUAUUUGGGUCACCACCACUAAUAAUUUUACGUUGUCUGUAUUCAAAAACAAGUCAAGAAAUGUACUGCGAGAGAUGGAUCCGUCACAUUACUAGUACUAUUACAGUACUACUACAGCAUUUGUACCUGAAUAGUAUAAUAAUACAGUAAUUCAGGAGUGUUCA